AUCUCUUUCUAUAGCUGUGUCCAUUAUCCCUAGUAGAAAAGCUUCUGUAUUUUUCAUAAAGUUAUACAGUGGUGCCUCGCAAGACGAAAUUAAUUCGUUCCGCGAUUUUUUUCGUCUUGCGAAGCACGGUGUCGGGAAAGUUUUGGAAAAGCUUCAAAAAUCACCAAAGUCUUUAAAAACCUCAAAAAAGGCUACCACACCGCGUUCUAUGAGUUGCUCCUCGAAGUCAAGUCGCAACUGUAUUAACGGUGUUAAGAAACAGGAAGCAAACUUGCAAGACGUUUCCGUCUUGCGAAGCAAGCCCAUAGGGAAAAUCGUCUUGCGAAGCAGCUCAAAAAACAAAAAACCCUUUCGCCUAGCGAGUUUUUUGUCUUGCGAGGCAUUCGUCUUGUGAGGUACCACUGUACUUAAACAUUUUUUUAAGCUCGUCAUAUACUGUGUUCCAGAAGCUUUUGAUUUUUUCACAGGUCCACCAAACCUUUCAAUAAGAAAUGUAAUAUGGCUAAAUGGGAAAUGGAUAUGAAUUGAAAUCUACAGUCCACAUACAGAACAGUCUGAGCAAGAGGACACUGGGAGGCCAGUGUAGCACAUUCCUUGAGAAUGGGGAUGUGACAGAAAAAGUGGAGGGGAAGCUUUCUCUGUCUCUUCUGUGUUUUCAACAGCCUGGUUCACAUAUAACGCUAAGCCAUGGCUUGUUUAACAAACUGCGAGUUAAGGCAGCAACAAAGCAUUGCUUCAAAUCAUGGUUUGUUGGCGGUAAAAACAAACAGCAGUUAAGCUACUGGGCAGGGUUCAUACACGACACUAAGUCAUGAUACAUCAUUAUGUGUGAAGCAGGCCAUUAUUGUUGCCUUUAUAAAAUCUGCAUUAAUCCCUUGAAUAUGCAUGUAUGUUUUGGUUUAUUCUUUUAAUUGUAAAUUUGUAAAUGAGCUUGAAAACUAUUGUUGCAGGAUGGGAUGUGAAAUUAUUGUGUAUCCUAAUUCCCAUUCCAUUCUCUGAGUGCCGUAGCCUAGAUAUCCAAAACAGCCACACACUAGAAGGGAGUAUUGGCAAACUUGUUUGUAAAACCAAAACUUCAUUAUUAUUAUUAUUAUUAUUGUCGUUGUUGCUUUAAAAAAAAACAACUAAAGAAAGGGAGGGGAUCUUCCCAAAAGCCCAUUAAGGACUCGUGGAAUGUGGACUGAUAGUUGAGAGGAAAAACUGUAAUACACUUGCUCUGUGAGAUGUGACUUUAUUUUGCCAUGAAUCUACUUCUACUGUGUACUUCGUUGUUCUUAUUUAUUGUUUGACUGGAUUUGUUUAUGUUGUAUUUUUCUAAAUGCUCGAUAAAAUAUAUAAUUAAACCAGAGAGAGAGAAAAGCAGAAGGGGUUACUUUAAGUUGGAGGGGAAAUGGAAUAAAGUGACUGCGAAAUGACUAUCAAGAAGGAGACACACACCCAUUCCUUCUCUCUUUUGCCAGCCACUGCCCAGACCCCAUCCUGCCUGUUCACUUGCUCUAUUACCAGAUGGCAGCUGCAUAUCAUUUAUUCUAGUAGUACGACUCAUGCAACACGUUGACGACUAAUAUACACACAAUAACUACCAAAAUAAUUAUACAUUCUUUAUCAAUCUUCUGAGAGAAAUAUACAAAACCUUGUGCAAAGCCACAAAGACUUACGAACUACCCAACCUAAGAUGAACUUACAAUAUCUGGUUUCAAUGGAUUUUUCAAAUGCUUAACUCAGUCUUUUGUUUUCUUUAUCUUUUUAAUUAAGUUCAUGAAGAGACCAACAAAGGGUAAGGUAAGUUCGGUGUUGUUCACAAUACUGAGAGAUGCUACUGAAGUUGUAGAUGGAUGUUAAUGAAGCUGUAGACAGGGUGCCGGCAUUUUGCACCUCUUUCACCCUGGCAGGCCAAGUAAGGCCACUGUUUGCCCCUGAUAGGGCACCUUCUAUGGGGCUUGCUGGUAGCACACUCCCAAGGUAGUUUUCCGGACUUCUUCAGUGGUCUAAUCUCAAAGCCUUGAUAUGUAUAUUGGUACUCAAUUCAUAAAGAAUACUAUUUCUUGGCUUAAGUUUAAGAGACUGAUUUGCUCAUUUAUUCUAGGCUGCCACAUGACUGAAAAAGGAGGUAUCUGAAGGCUGUCUGUGGCCACACACCAUUUUGUUGCAGGGCUCCAGUCUGAUCAGAAGCCCAAAUGGCACAACACAUAUACACAAAGAGGGAGGUAGCAGCAGAUUUGGGGGGCCCAAAACCAAAGAUUUAUGUAAGUUUCUAAAAGGUGAAACAGCCUGUGGAGGAAAUGGGAAAAACCAUCCAAUAAGGGCUGAGGAUAGUAACCAUAGGAUGCUGCCUGACUGAUGAGAAAAACUGGGUCAUAUCUACAACUUAAUUUUAAAGUACUUUUAUACCAUGUUAAAAAGCACGGCUUCCACCAAAGAACCCUGGGGAAGUGUUGUUUGUUAAGGGUGCUGAGCAUUGUAAGCAGACCCCCUAUUCCCCUCAUAAGCGAAUGGUAGCUUUUGGAGGGGAGUAAGGGAUCGCAACACAAACUGGAGUUUCUGUAAUUCUUAGGGGGAAUACAUGACCAUUUAAAGCACCUUUAAAUGUACCGUGCAGAUGGCAUGUAAGUUUUGUUGCAGGUUUCACUUGUACAACUCUGUUAAUCAACUAGCCUUGCUAGUUAGCUCAGUUGGUUUUAAUUCCUAGAGAAUGCAUGCAAUAGUGCACAUGCUACAGAGAAACAACAUAUUCUCCACUGCUUUAGAUGUUUCCCCCUUUCUCAUUUAUGCUAGACCUGAAGAAUUCCAAUGAUUAAAAAAAAACCCACUUCAAAUUUACAAGUGAAUAUAACAGCCACAUUUUCCAAUCACAGAGUCUAGCUCUGCUUGUGAAGGAACAGAAAACAGGCACAAAUUCGCAAUGAAACACUGGGUUGAAAUCCACAGCUCGUUUCUGUGUGGCCACCACCAGACCCCUCAACGCAAUAGUAUGAAUUUGCCAGACUCUUUCCGAUGUCUGCCUCCAGCCAAUGACAGAGCUGUGUUGCGCGAACCUCAGGGAAACAAGCAGCCUCUAGGCAAAUGCUUGCAAAUGAGCAUGGUCGCCAUAAAGCAAUGUGCAUGGUGCAUAUGUGCUAGAAAGACAAGCAGUUUUGUCAUCAAACCACCUCCAAGCGGAGAAGGAUGGGCUCUCAUAUCCUGCUGUGUCUCUCUUUGGUUCUCUCCAUCCACGGUGAGUACACACAUAGCUGGUUGCCAAGCUAGAGAGGCCAAGAACUUGCAAUAGGCCAGUGGGAAUGACGGGGAAAUGAGGAAUUUGGGCCUUGUGGUAGAAUAGAGAGAAUGAGCAUGAUGGGCUAGAGAAAUCUGCACACCUCUUUUGUCUUUCAGUGGAGGUCAGUCAAAGGCCACGGCUAUGGUCUAGGAAUGGCAGGUAGAUGUAAAGGACUCAAAGGUUGGUGUACGCCUAGAAGGCUGGAGGAGAAAACCCAGACCCACUCAUUCAAUCAUCCCUCCAUCUACCCGCUAGGUACUUACGAAUAGCGAUGGUGGGAAAAUUCGACUCAGUUCAGAUUUAAAGGCAAUCCUAUCUAGUCCCCGCUUUCUAAACAAUACAUAUGCUGAAGUAUAGCCACCCAUCAGAAUGCACACUUCUCCGAUUCUCGCAGUGUAGUUGUGCAGCCAAGUGAAGUGUAUAGAAAUGAACACUCUAGGACAGAGUGUGCAUAAGAAAUGCAUAUAUCAGUGACAAUGACAUGCACGAAUAUAUUAUAUUCUAUAAUGUAUAGGAAUUUGCUCUGCAAAAUGUGUGCGUUGGCAAAACUUGUAUAAAAAUAUGUGUAUACUAGGAGAAAUUCACAAUAAAAUGCAGAUGAGGUUUUUUAAAAAAUGAUGUGGAAAUGUGGAAAACUGAACUUAAGACUAGAAAAGUUAAAAACUCAGCAGAACUGAAAUGGACAAACUGGCCCACCGCUACUGAGCAGACUGAAAUCAUUUUUUAAAUGCUGGCUCCGUAAGCAAAAUACACUAAAUACAAGGGGGUGCAGACUUUCAAGCUGUAUAAAAUUCACAGUUGACUCCCAUUAUCAGGCUGAAAUUUUAGCUUCACAACAGCCACCUACUUCCCUCCUCGCAGGUGGAGCGCUGCAGCCUCUGCCCGCCCAGCCACCACAGGCCUCCUUUGCAGAGGGGACCACUGCUAUCCUGCCGUGCCCUCUGGAGAGGGGCAAUAUCCAGGAGUACCAUGCCUUCUGGUUCCUGCAAAAGCCAGGAAAAGGCCCGGUCUUUAUACUGAAGCAUCACAUUGAUGGAAAGGUAGAGCGUGCUCCUGCAUUUGAUGAACGUUUUGUGGCCAUCCGGGAUGCCAAUACCUACACGCUGCAGAUUCGGAAGGCGCGCACGGAGGACAGCGCCAUCUAUUACUGCCUGGCAGAGGCAAAUUAUUUCAACACCGCUGUCUCAGGGAGUGGAACACAGCUCAGUGUCACAGGAGGUGAGUGAGACUACCAUGGCUUACGAGUGGAGCACUUGGGCACAGGGAGCCCAAUGUACUACGGGAAGCAUGCAGGGGGGCUUGUGUACCAUAGAAGUUAUGAAGUGUGCCCUAGGAAAUUCCCAGCACAGGUCUCGCUUUGGGCAUGAAUUCACAAAGUAGCCUUAGCCAAGCUGCUACGCCUCAGAUUCAUGCUUGCAGUGUAGGAAUAAUAGCACUAGCAACCUUAUAGGGUUAUUGUAAGGUGAACUGCUUAAUAUGAACACUCAGAAAAGUGAUAUCAGAAAAGUGGGAUCCAACUUAUGCAUUCCAAUAUUGCAAGGAUUUCCACUUGUGCAGCAGAACUUCCCCCCUGCCUCUUCUCGCCCGCCUGCGCUCCCUGAAUCUGCUCUGGAGAGUUAUGGGGGAACCCAGAGCAGAUUUAAGCAGGGGUAUGAGGGGGAGUCCUGUUGCACAAGCUGAAAUCUUUGCGUCAACAGGAAACUUACUUAGCACUUUGCUGCAUAUAGGCAGACUCCAACUCCCAUCAUCCCUGGUCAGUGGUUACACUGGCUGGGAUAACAGGAGAAAGCGAGUCCAACAACAUUUGGAGCGCUGCAAGUUCCCCAACUCUGCCCUAUUCUUUUUGUCCUCUAAUGCCCUUUCUCUACAGCAGCAGACUCCAUGUACACAACAGUCUGCAACGAUGCCUUGCUUGUUCACCUGAAAAACAGAUUUGGGGUGCUGGGUGGGGGGAAGGUGUCAGAAAAUAGAAUGAGGGCUUAGGCAAAUUUACCUUUUGUCCCACUCUUUCUAAGCACAGGUCUGUGCUUUAAAGCUCUACAUCUGAGCAUUUGUUUGUUUGUUUGGCUUUUUUUAAAAUAAUAUAUUUAUUAAGAUUUUUUUUAAAUAUUACAAUAAAAAUGAAAAAAAAAUGACAAAAAUACAAAAUAAAAAUAGUUAAAAACACACAGAUUUUCCAUUACUUAUUUUCCUUUGACUUAUUUCCCGGACCUCCUCAUACCUCCCUGUUUGUAUUUCACUUCAAUCUGUUGGUUCAGCAAAUCCUUUAAAAGUAAUAAUAUUAAAUUUUUACCUAUUUAUAACCCUUUUUCAUAUUCCCUUAAAGCAUUACAGCUGGAAACCACUUAAUUACUAUCCAACAUCAUUCUAACAUUCAUUAAUUUUACAAUAUUUCUGUAGAUAAUCUUUGAAUUUCUUCCAAUCUUCUUCCACCGACUCUUCUCCCUGGUCUCGGAUUCUGCCAGUCAUUUCUGCCAGUUCCAUAUAGUCCAUCACCUUCAUCUGCCAUUCUUCCAGAGUGGGUAGAUCUUGUGUCUUCCAAUACUUUGCAAUGAGUAUUCUUGCUGCUGUUGUGGCAUACAUAAAAAAAGUUCUGUCCUUCUUUGGCACCAAUUGGCCGACUAUGCCUAGGAGAAAGGCCUCUGGUUUCUUCAAGAAGGUAUGUUUAAAUACCUUUUUCAGUUCAUUAUAUAUCAUUUCCCAGAAGGCCUUAAUCCUUGGGCACGUCCACCAAAGGUGAAAGAAUGUACCUUCAGUUUCUUUACAUUUCCAGCAUUUAUUGUCGGGCAAAUGAUAGAUUUUUGCAAGCUUGACUGGGGUCAUGUACCACCUGUAUAUCAUUUUCAUAAUAUUCUCUCUUAGGACAUUACAUGCCGUAAACUUCAUACCUGUGGUCCAUAACUGUUCCCAGUCAGCAAACAUAAUAUUAUGUCCAACAUCUUGUGCCCAUUUAAUCAUAGCAGAUUUCACCGUUUCAUCCUGAGUAUUUCAUUUCAACAGCAAGUUAUACAUUCUUGACAAAUUCUUAGUUUUGGGUUCUAACAGUUCUGUUUCUAAUUUUGAUUUUUCCACCUGGAAGCCAAUUUUCUUGUCCAAAUUAUAUGCCUCCAUUAUCUGAUAAUAAUGAAGCCAGUCUCGCACUUUAUUUUUUAGUUUCUCAAAACUCUGCAGUUUCAGUCUAUCUCCAUCUUGUUCCAAAAUUUCCCAAUAUUUCGGCCAAUUGGCCUCCAUAUUGAGCCUUUUCAGAGCUUUCGCUUCCAUCGGUGACAGCCACCUUGGGGUUUUGUUUUCCAACAAAUCCUUGUAUCUUAUCCAAACAUUAAACAGUGCUUUCCUGACAAUAUGGUUUUUAAAUGCUUUAUGCGCUUUAACCUUGUCAUACCACAGAUAUGCAUGCCAUCCAAAUACAUUGUUAAAACCUUCUAAGUCCAAAAUGUCUGUGUUUUCAAGAAGUAGCCAUUCUUUCAACCAGCAAAAAGCUGCUGAUUCAUAGUAAAGUUUAAAGUCUGGCAGGGCAAAUCCACCCCUUUCCUUUGCAUCAGUUAAUAUCUUAAAUUUUAUUCUGGGCUUCUUGCCCUGCCAGACAAAUCUAGAAAUAUCUCUCUGCCACUUCUUGAAACAGUCCAUCUUGUCCACAAUUUGCAAUGUUUGAAACAAAAACAGCAUUCUAGGCAAUACAUUCAUUUUUAUAACAGCAAUACGACCCAACAGUGAAAGCUUCAAAUUUGACCAGAUUUCUAAAUCUUUUUCACUUCCGUCCAACAUUUUUCAUAAUUAUCUUUAAAUAAGUUCCCAUUUUUGGCUGUCAUGUUAAUCCCCAGGUAUUUCACUUUCUUAACCACAGUCAGGCCUGUCUCAUUCUGAAACCUCUCUCUUUCAAUCAGUGUUAAAUUUUUCUCUAAAACCUUAGUUUUUAACUUGUUCAGUUUAAAUCCUGCCAGUUGACCAAAUUCUUGAAUUAGUUCUAAAACCCUUUUAGUACUAGAUUCUGGCUCCUGUAACGUCAAUACUAAGUCAUCUGCAAAUGCUCUCAGUUUGUACUGUGUUUGUUUGGCUUUUUUUUUUUUUUUAAUGCCCUGGAGCAUUCCCCAUGAAAACCUGCUCUUUAAAGCUGAAGCACAGCCAACGGCAAUUGCCAUUUGCUCCAAUUCUGCUUUAAAGAGUGGGUUUUGGUGUGGAAAACUCCAGACCCAAAAAAAAAGUGCUGGGAAAUACCUGAAAAGUAUGGAAAGGCAAGUAUGGAUAAGCCCUCAGAGUGGGAGAGGAGCUCAACAACAGAAAUGCUUGCGCAAUCUCCACAAGAAAAUCAUCAACUCCAACCCAUGCCUCUGGGGCCCAAAUGACGCAUUAAGUUAUCCAGGGUGGCAUUUUUGUGUGUGGGCUCUGUUAAGUACUGCUGGGGAUUCUCAGUUAACUUUGCUUGGAAACCCCCAUUCAGCAGCACCACCCAAAAAUAAUCAGGUCACCUGGAUUCUGUGGCCCACUCAUGGUGUCUCUUUCCCAGGCAAAUCAGCAAAGGAGCCGGCUUCAGUCACCCUCCUGUCUGAUGCUUACCAGACAGCGGACUCGCCCACCAUCCACGCCUUGUGCAUCGCCGAGAAAUUCUACCCAGGGUUCCUAGAGAUCAAGUGGAGUGAGGCUGGAGUCAACAUAUCAGAGGGGGUGACUGCUGGGCCGGUGGUCUUGAAUGAGGAUGGCUCCUACAGCGCCAGCAGCAUCCUGAGCAUCCCUCGCAGCCGCCUGACCUCUGACAUCUCCAUCAAGUGCUCCACGUACCACAUCGCCUCCGGAACCAGAGCAGAGCGGAGCCUGGAGCAGUGCCAGGGAAAGUAAAGGCCUGCUGAGAUCAGCAGCACCCCUGCCAUCUCCUCCUUCAUCCCUCACAGCCAGAGGGGCAGCUCUGCUCCUCCUUUUGUGGUUCCCAAUAAAGUCACCUUCACAUUC